AUGCACAGUGUGUUCUCCAUGAAGGAAUUGGGUGACAUCGCUUAUUUUCUUGGUAUUUCGGUCCAGCCUACCAGCUCAGGAUAUCUUUUAUCUCAGUCUAAAUAUGCCAAAGAAAUUCUACUUAAAGCUGGCUUGUCAUCUUGUAAGUCUUGCCCUUCACCCAUUUCAGUCAAGCCUAGUGUUCCUCCAAAUGCUGCUUUACCAUUUUCUGAUCCAGCUCUUUAUAGAAGUAUUGUUGGUGCCUUACAAUAUCUCACCAUUACCAGACCAGAUCUGUCUCUCUCUGUUAACCAGGCUUGUCAACAUAUGCAUGCCCCUACCAUUGAACAUUUUGCUGCCGUGAAGAGAAUUCUUAGAUAUGUUCAAGGCACCAUCACUCAUGGCUUGUCUUUCUCCUCCAGUACUUUUGAUGUGCAUGGGUAUUCCGAUUCCAAUUGGGCAGGAGAUGUUCUUGAUAGAAAAUCAACGACUGGUUACUGUGUUUUCUUGGGGUCCAAUUUGGUCUCUUGGUCUGCCAAAAAGCAGGCCACAGUCUCUCGCUCUUCCACUGAAGCUGAAUAUAGAGCUUUAGCCAAUACCACUGCUGAGUUAAGUUGGAUUUCCAUGCUGCUCACUAAAAUGAGUAUUUCUUCCCCUACUACACCCAUACUCUGGUGUGAUAACCUCUCUGCAAUAGCUCUAGCUUCCAAUCCCGUGUUCCACUCACGUUCCAAGCAUAUCGAAAUCGAUUGUCAUUUUGUCCGAGAUAAGGUUUUGGCUAAGCAAUUUCAGUUGCAAUACAUUCCAACUAUGGAUCAGCUUGCUGAUCUGUUUACUAAACCUGUCAGCGUAUCUCGGUUUCAAUAUCUCAAGUCCAAGCUCAUGGUUCUUGAUCGCCCCAUCAGCUUGCAGGGGACUAUUGAAGAUACUGCUUCAACAGAUUCUGGUACAACUACUACUGCAACAGAUUCUGGUACAACUACUGCUGCAAGAAAUAACUGCUCUAACUAA